AUGAUUCGGAAUAUACGACCAUCGAUACGCAACACAAACCGGCUAUAUGUGCAAAUACGCACACUUACAUCCACGCCUCUCUAUGUUCAGGAGACCCACAUGCCCGAGGCUGACAAACAGUCUCUUGAGUACGCCGACCAAGUGUUCAAGAAAGGCAAGUUGCAACGGUGGUGGACAGCCUUCUCCUUUGACCAGAUUCCCACUGCUCCCGUUGAUGAGAAGAAACGCACCAAGGGCGACGACUGGGCGAUGAUCGACGAGCUGCGUGAGGAGGAGGACUUUGAGGUGGGCUCAGACGAGUACGAUGCUCUGGAAGCCGCCUCCAACGCCAACACCCGGAUGAUCAAGGCCAAUAUCCCCACUAACCAGAAUCUCAAAAAAGUACACAAGAACGAGAUUUUCCCAGAAAUAGUGUUUAUGGGCCACACAAACGCGGGCAAGUCCACCUUGGUCCAGCACGUCUUGGCGUGGGGUCGACCCGACGUUCCACAGUCGCACCUACACUCCCCCACGUCCAAGAAGGGCCACAAGGGCUCGUUGAGCAACUCAAUCAACUCUGCUUUUCCUGUGAUAUCCAAAAAACACGGUUUCACCAAGUCCUUCAACUGCUAUGGUCUCACCAUUCCAAACUCUGGAGGCAACCAGAUCAGACUGGUGGACAUUCCCGGCUACGGCUACAAGUCGCUCAAGGACCAAGGCGCGGUAGUGGAGCAGUAUUUGGAAAGACGAACUAACCUGCGAAUGGCCAUUCUUGUAAUUGACGCAACCAGGGGCAUUCAGGACGAGGACAAGUACAUGCUCUCGACGCUCAACAAGUACGGAGUCACCUGGCAGGUGGUGCUCACAAAGAGCGACAUGCUUGUGGGAGGAGACAAGAAACUCGAGGCACUGGGCCGCGAAAUGUGGUUGGCUGCUAAUCCUCCUAAAAGUGGAAGCCAAAUGGUCAAACUGACAAAGCCCCAAAAGGAAAAGUGGGCACGACGGGCGCUAUUAGCCGAGACUUCAAUCCAGACACAGCUAGGUAAAAUUUUGGUGCAGGUGAAGAAAAUGGACACUCCUGAGUGCCCGUCCAAGGCCCUAGAGCGGGUCAUUGCUGUCAGCAAUAGCCCCAAAAUGCUGCAGGGAUACAAGCAUGAUUUUGGCGGAAGUGGCAUUAGUGUUGUACGAAACGCCAUUCUACAGAUCUGCGGCAUGGGCUUCCACGAGCAGAAAAUGUGGAAGGAGAUGGCCAAGUAUGGCAUGUCUUGA